UCUUCUUCUUCUUCUUCUUCUUCUUCUUCUCUCUCUCUCUCUCUCUCUCUCUUUCAUCUGUUACCAUUCUAAUGGUGAAAAUGGCUACUGGGUUGCUCUCACUUUUGCUUGCAUUCUCAUUGCUACUCACUAAUCCUGCUUCUGCAUCUGUGCCUCUGGAUGGACUCUUGGCCAAUGGCAACUUUGAAGAGCCACCAAAACCAACUAACCUCAAGAAAAAAGUUCUGGUAGGCAAAUAUGCACUGCCCAAGUGGGAAAUCGAUGGCCUGGUGGAGUACAUUUCCGCCGGGCCGCAACCCGGCGGAAUGUACUUUAAUGUAGCUCAUGGCGUCCAUGCUGUGAGGCUUGGCAAUGAGGCCUCAAUCUCCCAGACCCUUAAAGUCAAGCCAGGCUCUCUGUAUGCCCUAACAUUUGGGGCAUCAAGGACUUGUGCCCAAGAGGAGGUUUUGAGGGUUUUGGUGCCUCCCCAGGCAGGGGACCUUCCUAUGCAAACCCUAUACAGCAGCAAUGGCGGCGACACUUACGCUUGGGGAUUCAGAGCAACUUCUGCAACUGUUAAAGUGACUUUUCACAAUCCUGGGGUUCAAGAGGAUCCUGCUUGUGGCCCUCUCUUGGAUGCCAUUGCUAUCAAGGAGCUUUUCCCUGUGUACCCCACUAGAGAUAAUUUGGUCAGAAACCCUGGCUUUGAAGAGGCUCCCCAUAGGUUAUUAAACUCUUCCCAUGGUGUACUCCUCCCUCCGAAACAACUAGAUGCGACAUCCCCGCUCCCCGGCUGGAUCAUCGAGUCCCUCAAGGCCGUAAAGUUCAUCGAUUCCAAUCACUUUAAUGUUCCAGUCGGAAAGGGCGCAGUCGAGCUUGUUGCGGGGAGAGAAAGUGCCAUAGCCCAGAUCAUAAGGACAGUUCCCAACAAGCUCUACAGCCUCUCAUUCACCGUCGGCGAUGCAAGAAACGGCUGCCAAGGAUCAAUGAUGGUUGAAGCAUUUGCCGGCAAGGAAACGCUUAAAGUUCCCUUCGCCUCCAAAGGAAAAGGCGGGUUCAAGAAGGCCAGUUUCAGGUUCAAAGCGGUUUCAAUCAGGACCAGAAUCACGUUCUUCAGCUCCUUCUACCACACCAAGGACUAUGGAGCUCUUUGUGGCCCUAUCCUAGAUGAAGUUAAGGUUUCCCCUGUUGCUUAAUUGCUAGAUUUUCUAGGUUUUUUAGUUAAAUCACCAUAAGACUACAACAUCGUUAUAGAGAUUGUGCAACGGUUAAUAUGAUUCCGACAUUUUGUGAAUUUGGCCGUUGACGAGGGCAGAUGUGUUAUGAAGGAUCUAGAGAUUUUUCUUUAAAACGGUGCUUGGAAGUGUUUUGGACAUUAAAGUAAGUUUUCAGGGCUUUAGUUAUGAAGGAUCUUAAGUUUUCUUUGGUAGCUUGUGAUAAGAUAAAGUCUUAAGCGCUUUAUUUGUGAAGGUUCUGAAGUUUUCUUUGGUAGCUUAUGGUAAAAUAAAG